AUGGCAACUAAUGGAUCAACGCAGCCCGUCUGCCAAAACUGCGGAACGUCGACAACGCCGUUAUGGCGACGCGACGAGUUUGGAUCCGUCCUGUGCAAUGCGUGCGGACUUUUCCUGAAGCUGCAUGGACGACCCCGGCCGAUAUCUCUCAAGACGGACGUUAUCAAGAGCCGAAAUCGCGUAAAGACGAUGCGCCCUGAUCUUGCUCCGAAGCGAAAGCAGCAACACGGAUUUCCCCUCGCGACGGAUCCCAACAGCGCCGAGAGCACUGCAGCGCAGGCUAUUCGCCGAGCGCAAAAGGCCAAUGGUGAGGGCCCGGACUCGCCAAUCUCCCGAACCGGAACUCCCUCAAUGUAUAACCAUUCACUGCCCGCUUUCAUGGUGGAUGAUCCGUCCCAGGGAGGCGUUGCCGGCUUCAAUGGCGGAGAGGGGCGCGCUGGCUCACCCAUGAAUGGAGAUCGCGGACUUGAAUCUCCUCAGACGCAAGAGCAACUCAUUGCAAACAAUUCCAGCUUGAAGACAAGAGUCAGAGAGCUUGAAUUCAUAAACGAACUGUUCCGCGGUCGCCUGAGCCAGCUUGAGCAGCAAGAGGCGGCAGCCUCCGCAGCGCUCAGGGGCCAAGAAGUCGCCGGUGUUGAGCACACCCAACUGCGAGCCCAGUUGGAUGCCAGCAAGGAGAUGGAAAACCAACUCCGCAUUCAGCUGGAAGAUAGCCAUCGGAGAGAGAACAACCUCAAACGACGCCUCGAUGAACUGGAGCUUGAGCUGAGAGCCACCAAAGAGGCUCUGAAUGAAGCGGACUCGCGACCCUAUAAAAAGGCUCGUAUCAUUGACUCUGAAGAGGCUGUCAAGGCAGAAGCGGCUGAUGCUCUGGCCGCGGUCGCCGUCGCCGUCGCCCCUGAGUUGAUGGUUGAUGCCCACAUGGCGGAGGUAGCUGCUGAAGAGCCUGUUACCGAAGCCAUUGAGGCACCAACUGGUGCUCCUGUUGAUAGCGCUGUUGAGCCAUCAUCAGAAGCCACUAUUGAACAGCCUACAGAACUGGCUACGAAGGAGGCUACCGGAGAAGCAGUUGAGACAGCUGCAGAGCCGGUCACAGAAGCAACCGAAGAGCCAUCUGUAGAACCAACUGCAGACACAGCUGCCGAAGUGGCUAUCGAGACUGCUACCGAGCCUUCCGCUGAAGCAGAAGUAGAGCAAGCUCCAGAGACAUCUGAGCCUGCUAUAACGGAAGCUAAUGAUGCUGCUCCCGAGUUGGAGGGUGCUGCCCCCCCCGCAGAAGUCGUUGCGUGA